AUGAAGACAGAAUUCAAGUUUUCUAAUCUCCUGGGCACUGUCUAUGGCCGAGGGAAUGUUGUCUUCACACCGGAUGGCAAUUCUCUACUCUCGCCUGUGGGCAACCGAGUCUCUGUCUUCAAUCUAACCAAGAACACCAGCUAUACUCUACCGUUUGCCCACCGAAAGAAUAUAUCACACCUCGACCUGACACCGGAUGGAAAUCUUCUUCUUACCGUUGACGAAGACGGCCGAGCAAUUUUGUCAGUGUUUCCGCGACGGAUAGCCAUCUAUCAUUUCACCUUCAAGACACCGGUCACAUCGCUGGCUUUCUCGACGAACGGUCGAUACUUUGUUGUGGGGCUCGGGCGAAAAAUACAGGCGUGGAGGACGCCUUCAACGCCCAGCAGCGAUGCCAAUGGGGAGCUUGAAUUUGCCCCGUUCAUCUUGCAUCGUGAGUACGCAGGCCACUUUGACGAAGUCAGACAUCUAAGCUGGUCCGGCGAUUCUCGAUUUUUCCUGAGCGCGUCCAAGGAUCUGACUGCACGGAUAUGGAGUCUGGAUCCAGAGGAAGGGUUUGAACCGACGGUGUUGUCAGGCCACAGACAACAAGUGAGGGGUGUUUGGUUUUCUGCCGAUCAAGAAGCCAUCUUUACCGUUAGUGAAGAUGGAGCACUCUUUCGUUGGGAAUACGUUCCAAACCCAAACUAUACCGACGACGAUCCGGUUGAGACCGCCGACGAGAGAUGGAGAAUCGUGCAAAAGGACUUCUUCAUGCAAAAUGCAAAGUUGAAAUGUGCCUCCUACCAUGCCCCGACAAGCCUGUUGACUGUUUGUUUCGACAAUGGGCUCUUCUCACUUUACGAACUACCAUCUUUCUCCAACAUCCACAGUCUAUCCAUGGCAUCCUCUCCUAUCUCUACGGUCGCAGUCAAUAGAACAGGAGAAUGGCUAGCAUUCGGCUCGUCGAAGACCGGUCAACUACUUGUCUGGGAGCAUGCAUCCGAGUCAAACAUUCUCAAGCAAUCGUCGCACCUGGAUGCCCUUACGACGCUGACAUACUCUCCGGACUCUACGCGCAUAAUAACGGGAGCCGAUGACGGACUCAUCAAAAUCUGGGAUGUGUCGUCCGGCUUCCACAUAGCGACCUUCACAGAACACAGUUCCGCGGUGACUGCGUCUGCUUACUCCAAACGAGGGAAUGUGCUCUUUACUUCGUCUUUGGAUGGCUCCGUGCGAGCGUGGGACAUGCUGAGAUAUCGGAACUUCCGAACCUUCACAGCUCCGACCCGGCUGUCUUUCUCAAGCAUGGCGGUUGAUCCUUCAGCCGAGGUCGUAUGUGCUGGUUCUCACGACUCCUUCGACAUCCAUCUAUGGUCCGUACAAACCGGUGCUCUACUGGAUCAACUUUCAGGUCAUGAAGGUCCGAUAUCCACAUUGGCCUUCACGCCCGACGGCCGCUACCUCGUAUCAGGCUCUUGGGACCAUACCAUCCGAGUAUGGUCUGUAUUUGACCGAUCUCAGACAUCAGAGACACUACAGCUUACUUCUGAUCUCUUGAGCAUCGCUGUCCGACCAGAUUCUGCACAGAUUGCCGCAUCAACGCUUGAUGGACAACUCACCUUUUGGAAUCUCAACACAUCAAUCCAAGACUCUGUUGUUGAUGGUCGGCGAGACGUUAGUGGUGGGCGUACCCUUACGUCUCGACGUACUGCCGCUUCGGCUCCUGGAACAAAAUCCUUUAACGCUAUCACAUAUUCUGCAGACGGAACCUGCUUAUUGGCCGCGGGAAACAGCAAGUAUAUCUGUUUGUAUUCCGUGAGCACUUUGACCCUGAUCAAGAAGUUCACUGUCUCGAUCAAUCUUAGCUUGGAUGGCACUCAGGAAUUCUUGAACUCCGCCGCGAUCAUGUCGAACGGCCUGCCGCGGGACAUGAUUGAUACUGAAGGUGAGGCGAGCGAUCUUGAAGACCGAAUAGACCGCAGUCUUCCCGGAGCAAAGCGAGGCCGUGACGCAACGGCCAGAACCAUCCGACCGGAAGUCAGAGUUACCAGCGUUGAAUUCGCGCCCACCGGACGAAGCUUCUGUGCAGCCAGUACCGAAGGGCUGCUUAUCUACAGUCUCGACAAUGCUGGGGUGGAUGAUUUCGAUCCUUUCGAUCUCGAUCUGGAUGUUACGCCUCAAAACAUACGAGCCAUACUCAAGCAAAAAGAGCCGGAAUAUCUCAAGGCUUUAGUAAUGGCAUUUCGCCUGAACGACAAAGGCCUGACACGGAAGGUUUAUGAGUCUAUUCCUUACGCCUCUGUGCCUCUGCUUGUUCGCGAAUUGCCGAAGGUAUACCUGGGAAGACUGCUCAUGCUCCUUGGACAGCAGAUGGAGAAUAGCCCGCACCUGGAGUUCGCUCUUCGGUGGUUGGGUGAGAUGCUGAGCGUUCAUGGUCGCUAUAUCAAAGAGAGAUCUGGCGAGUAUGCUAGCGAGCUACGUGCAGUUCUUCGAGGUGUGGAUGGCAUUGGAAGAACAGUGCGUUCACUCAGUGAGCGGAAUGCCUUGGAGAUUGAAUUCCUUUGUCAGAACCCCCCGGGCAAGGCUAGCCCGCUAGCUAUUCUAUCGGGAGAAAAUCAGGCUUUGACCAACGGCCAAGCCAUGGACGCUGUGGAUGACCAAGGAGACUGGAUAGGGCUAGGUUGA